CUGGCCGCAGAGAGAGGAGGACGUGGCACUGGGGACAUGAGCUCCAUGGUCUUCAGCCCCUGGAGCAGCAGUGAGACCCUUACAACCCCACAGGGGGGCGCUGCAGGGGCCCCAGCCCCCUAUGAGGAGGAGACGCCCCCCUGCGGCUGCUACCAGGCCCUGAGGAGGGACCUGCUGGGGCCAGAGGGGUACAGAGCCCCAGUGCAGCCGCUGUUCAAUGACCUGGAUCGGGUGCAUCAUGGUCCACUGGAGGCCCAUGCCGCUCUCCUGCCUGGCAGAGAGGGGGCUCCUGGUGCCAGCGACCUGCUGGGGCCCCUGGAGCAGCGGCUGGGGCGGGUGGAGCUGCAGCAGAAGACCCUGCACAACAUCCUGGCUGUGAUGAGCCGGGAGCUAAGCCGGCGUGAGGAGCCUGGGGCUGCAGCCUCUGAGGCCCUGGGGGAAGCCCUGGCCCGAAUCCUGCAGCUGGAGGAGAAGGUAGCCCAUCAGGACUCGCUUCUGGCCAUCAAGGAUGUCAUGAUCAGCAGCUUGGGUGCCCGCAUCCAGACCCUGGAGCAGACGUCCUAUGAUGGGCGCUUCCUCUGGAAGGUCACUGACAUCACCCUUCGGAGGCGGGAAGCCCAGACAGGCCAGAGGCUUGCCCUCUACUCCCCCUCUUUCUACACCCACCGCUACGGCUACAAGCUUUGCCUUAAACUCUUCCUCAACGGGGAUGGAGCUGGGGCCGGGACUCACCUCUCUCUCUUCUUGGUGGUGAUGAGGGGGGAAUAUGACUUCCAGCUCCAGUGGCCCUUCCAGCACAAGGUCACCUUCAGCCUUCUGGACCAGAGUGGGCAGCGGCACGUGUCCACUUCUUUUCGCCCCCUGGGGACCUCCUCAUCCUUCCAACGGCCUGUUGGCAAGAACAACAUCGCCAGCGGCCUCCCUGAGUUCUUCCCCUUGCGUCAGCUGGAAGCCCCGAGUGGGGCCACCUACCUCCAAGAGGACACACUGGUCUUCCAGGCUUUGAUAGACCCCAACGUUUAAGGUGGGCAUUCCCAAAGGACUAGAGCCUCAGGCCCCUACAACACGGCCGAUGCCUUUGAUACACCCUUGGCGUGCUUCAAGAUGGCUGUCCACACCACGUCUCCCCAGUAAAUGCUUCCUCCAAGAUGACCACCAAUCAGAGGUGGCCAACAUCUUUAACUCCACCCUUGGUGUCUUUCAAAAUGGACGCCUGCACCAAGUCUCCCUGAUGUAUGCUUCCUCCAAGAUGGGUGCCUGUAAGACAUGGUCAACAUUUUUGACUGCACCCAUGGCAUGUUCCAAGAUGGCCACCUGCGCUGUAUCUCCCUGGCAAACACUUUUUCCAAGAUGGUUAGCCAUAGGAUAGGCAAGGUUUUUGUUGGCAGCUUAAGAUGGCUGCCUGUGCUGUGUGCUCUUGCCAAAAGCUUCCUCCAAGAUGGCUACCUGCAAGGUGUAGCUAACACAUUUUUAAGAUGGCUACCUACACCAUAUCUCACCAGCAAAUGUGCCUGCCCAUAAGACACAGUAACUUCUUUGGCUCCACCCUUGGCAUGUUUCAAGAUGGCUGCCUAUGCCACAUCUCUCUGCCAAACACUUCCUCCAAGACAGCCACCUGUAAGAUGUGGCAUUGGCUUUGUUGGAUGUUGAUCUUUAGUUCUACCCUUAAUGGGUUUCAAGAUGGCCACUACUACCGAGUUUCCCUGACCCCAAUGACCACCAGCAAAACACCAUCUGGACAAAGUCUACUUUCAAGAUGGCUGCCUAAGAUGUGGCUCCUGCUCCCAAGAUGGCUGCCACAGCAAGACAUCUCCUUGGUAAAGGUUCCUUUCAAGAUGGCUCCCCACAUGAUGGCUAACCUUCUUCCAAGGCAGUCAUCUGCCUCUUGGGUGUCUCUCCCACUAGUCCCUAGCCAAUAGUGUCCUUCAAGAUGGUGGUCAUGACCAACGGAGUCCCCCCACCAACCCAAUCCCAUGGGAUCCAUCCAAGAUGGCUGCUUGGCACCUUCCAAAAUGGCCUCCAUCUAACCUGAAGGCUUUGCUCCAAAGCCGGUAACCAAGAUGCCUGCCCAUGGAAAAAGAAAGGAGGAGGAAAAAUCUACUUGGUGGCCAUCUUGAAAGCCACUUUCCAAGAUGGCGGGAGAUGCUGGGUGGCAUCCAUGUUGGAAGAGGUCUUGUGUCACAGGAACCACGAAGGGAUGACAGUGGUCUUCAAAAAUGGGUCUUGCUCAUGACAGUGGCCUCCUACUGGCCCCCUGCCUGAUGCCCGGGGCCAAGAGGGCGUGAUUUUCGACCCCUCCCCCCAUUGGUCACAUUUCCCAGCAGACUGAGAUGAACCUAUUUAUUCUGACAAUAUUAAACUUAAUUUAUUGGUUUAUGACUACCAGGGGGGUGGAGUCUUGUGCUUCCAUUGUCUCCCACCCCGGGGUGCCGGGACCCACAAAUCCACUGCAAGGAGGCCCUGGAUUGGCUUAAUUCUUUAUUGAGUUCUUGGAGGCAGUGAGUAAUGCUAAGCUAAGAGACAACACCCUCCUCUACGUGGGGAUACAGACCCCCGCGACCCAUAGCAAACAGGGCACUGGGGUGAUUUCCUCCCUGGCUACUCUACCACACACACACACACACACACACACACACACACAACAUAGGAGCCAUGGGCCUGGCCUCAGGAGGCCUAAUUGCCCCUUCAGGCCUAGGCCUGGUCUCCCACCAUGGAUCAGGCCUGUCCAGCCUGGCACCACAUGCCAGCACCCAGCCCCAGAGGCCUGUUAUCCACCUGUUGGUACCAUUUGACCAGACCCUGGGGUCUGUACUGGGCCUGGGAUUAGACCCUCACCACAACAGACCAGGGGAUGAGGGUCUAAUGGGGUCCAUGGGGCUGGGGAUUGGAUGCCAUGGCAAUGCUAGCCAACCCAGGAAGCCUGGCAUCCAAACCUUGCCACGGCCGACUACGAACCUACCCUACUGGGCACUGUUGGCCAAACCAACUGGCCCAUCCAGAGUGGUACUUGGCUAAGCCUCACUAGCCUGCACUAGGCCUCAACUAGGCCCAACCAGGCCUGACUGGACCCUGCAAGGCCUGACCAGGCCUCAACCAGGCCCGACUGGACCCUACUAAGCCCAGCCAGGCCCAAACCAGGCCCCAUUAGACCAGGAGUGGGCAAAAUGCGGCCCACCAGGCCAUUCCAUCCAGCACACAGGACCCCUAAAAAAUUUAGAAAAUUAAUAUUUAUCUGCCCCUGGCUGCCUGUCAUGCAGCCCUCGAUAGCUUGCCAAAACUCAGUAAGCGGCCCUCCACCCAAAAUAAUUGCCUGUCCCUACCAUAGACCAACAAUAGCUAUAGUUGUGAAAGGAGAAGUUGCCGUGGCAGUGAGAAGCCAUUGGUUGCAUCUGGCAGGUCUCUGAGGAUCACUCUGAAACACCAGCACCACAAAGGGGGGGGUUGAGAAGCCAUGUUGAGGGGCUGGGGGCAAUUGUGAGGGGAACAUGAUACAUCCCCCACAGCUUCUAUCAAGCCACUGAGGGUCUCUGGGCCUGGUAGUCAAUGAGGAGCCCCCCAGGAAGUGAGCGCAGCCCCACAAAAUUGCCCCCCCUCCCCCGCCCCUUGCACUGGACUACUAGAGACCCUGCAAAUUCUGACGGGGGCAAUUCAUGGGUCCACACCCUUGUCCCAGUCCCACCGCCGCUCGGUCUAGGGUACUCUGAACCCCCUCAUUCAUUCAUUAACUGUGGGGGGCUAUAGAAGGACCCGCUUCCCCAGCCAGCAGGGGACGACAGUAGGCUGAACUGGGAUUGCUG